CUUCACCUCAUUAACAACCACUCAUUCAAAUUCUAGUACAGGAAUGUCGAAUAAUUAAUAAAUUUUAGUAUGUUCGGUUAAAUGAGAACUUGCAAUAGUCAGAAUUCCCACUACCCAAAAACCAUAUGACGAUUUUUCAAUAACAAUCGGCUGUUGUGCUAAACAUGGAUGGUUUAGCGCACAAUUAUUAUCUCAAAAAUACCACUGUUGUAAUCAGAUAUACUGACCGUGAACUAGUCUUCGCAAUCUAAACACCGAAAAGAGGAAGAAAAAUGAGUUUCAGCAUUCAAGGAAGUGGAUCAAAUCAGUCUUCAACGGAUUCGUCAGGCGAAGGCGAAGACCAAGAUGAAUCUUCUUCUUCACCAAAUCAGGUAGCUUUAAUUGUAAAGGACACCACUGUUGAGGAAGUUUUGAGCAGCUUCCGCGAAAAAUGGCAGAAGGAACUUCAGAUCUCGCCACGCAAAAAACUCGUGGCAUCACCAGCUCGCAAAGAGAUUGAAGAUGACCACGAAAUCAAAGCCAAAACGUACUUCCUCAACGGGGUCGAGAUGGAAAAGAACGGCAAGCUGUACGAAGCCAUACAGUUCUACAGACGCGCGGUACAGCUCGUACCGGACAUAGAAUCGCGGAUUGACAACGUCCCCAGAAACAAACCCCUUCAAGAACACAUUCCUGAGGAUGAAAAUAGCGACAAAGAAGAAUACAACGAAUCAGACGAUGAAGACGAAGACGAAGAAAUCAAAGACGGGGAGCUGCAACAAAGAAUACAGAAGAAGUUUUCAAAAAUGUCGGCCAUUUGUUCCCCGAAACAGGAACAAAAGACAACGCACAUUUCAAUCUUGCCAAUGGAAAUGAUCUUGUACAUUUUGCGCUGGGUAGUGUCAUGUGACCUCGAUUUACGCUCGCUGGAGAUGUUUUCCAUGGUGUGUCGCGGGUUUUACUUGUGCGCUCGCGACCCAGAGGUGUGGAGGUUGGCUUGUUUGAGGGUGUGGGGUUUAAACUGUGGUAAUUCUCCCUAUAACUUCUUGUCGUGGCGCCAGAUGUUUGUGGAAAGGACGCGUUUACACUUCAACGGUUGCUAUAUUGGUAAAACUACGUAUCUACGUCAUGGGGAGAACAGUUUCCAGGAUCAGUUUUACCGACCGUGGCAUUUGGUUGCUUAUUAUCGAUAUUUGCGUUUUUUCCCUGAAGGAAUUGUUCUAGUCCUGACUUCGUCUGAGGAGCCGGCGCAGUGUGUGGGGCAGAUGAAGCACAGAAAUGCGCGCAGUCCUAUUCUGAGGGGGUACUAUAGACUGAAGGACGAUAAAGUGAUUCUGGUUGUGCAGCGGCAGGAUAAUAAGACGUCGCAGGGUUACAAGAAGUCGAAACGUCGUGCCGAUUUGAGGGAAAUGGCGGAGCAGACUUUCCAUAUGGAGUUACAAAUUAAGAGUACUAAUAAGAAGCGACACGUUCAGUUGGUUUGGACACACUAUUCCGUAUUCACCAGAACUCUCAAAGGCGACGAAAGUACCUGCAAUUUUGACUUGGUUAACAACCGAUUCCCGCCUUUUUGGUUUUCCAGAGUCAAGAGCUACACGUCAGAGUCUGAGAGUCCAUUACAGUAGUUUUUUCGAUUCGUUGCUCUGAAAGAGACUUAUUUUUGGAUGGGAUUAAUACUAAAUUUGUUAAUAAGUCAUAAUAUUUAUUUAAAUAUCUAUACACAAAAUGUACAUAAUUUAUUGAUAAUAAAGGAAGAUUUAUUUUACAAA